AUGGGCUGCCCAAGGCGGUCAAACAACAGAGCAAACCAGGCAAUCGAGACAAUUCUCGCAUUGCAGAAGAUCCUGCAGACAUACCAGAUGACAGUCCAUGACCUCGAACGCAAGCUCAUGGGAGAUGGGAGCUUUUUUGAUAGCAGUGAACUCAUCAUUCAGCUUGAGGAUGUGCAAAUGAAGUGUACCACGAUCGCUCAAGCAAUCGUGUGGAAGAAGGCGGCACUUGGCAUUGCCGAUCAAGCAAGGCUAUCCAGCCUUGUCAACAACAAAUUUCUUCAGCUCUAG